GAGAGCAAGAGGAGUCUAGACCGACGAAUGCCUGAACAGCUGGACAUUGUCUGACGGGACCAGGAGAAGCAAGAACCGGUUGGCCGAGAAGGUGGCUACACAAGCUGCUGAAACCCAUCUGAACACAACUGCUGAAAAUCAACUGCAACAUCUCCUGACAUUUUGAGGUCUCCGGCCUGAGCUGUAUCCUGACUAGGCUGGCAAUGGAUGUUUUUGGUGGAGCUCCCCGAUUUCUUGCCUCUCCUCGCACUUUCACAGUCCAAAGUGGCACAAAUGCAGUCCUGAAAUGGCAGGUGGCCGGGGAGCCUCGCCCCAGCAUUGCCUGGGAGAAAGACGGCUCUGCGCUGGAACUGCCCUCCGACCGGAUGUUUGUCGAGGUGAAGGGAGAUGCAUACAGUCUGCUGGUCUCUCAGGCGGGCCCAGCAGACAGUGGGCGCUAUGUGUGCAAAGCAAAGAACAGUGUGGGUGAAACCUACGCGGCUGCCCUGCUGAAAGUGGAGACAGGGUCUGAACUGAAACCUAAGGGAGAUCUGGAUAGCCAGCCACCCAUCUUCCUGAAUCAGCCUGUCUCGGCAUGCGUGACCCGAGGAGAGGAUGUGACCUUUGCCUGUAGGGUCUCAGGGCAGCUUGAAUGGGAAAAAGAUGGACGCAAAUUAUCAGACAUCUUUGAGAGUAGCCAUUACAAAAUGGACGUAGAACCUGGGGACUGGCAUUCUCUGCACAUCUAUAAUGCCCGCUUGCCAGAUGCAGGUGUUUAUGUGUGUCGAGCACAGAACAGCUUUGGAGAGACCAUGGCUGCAGCUGUGCUCCUGGUAGAUCCUGUGGAAUGCCUUCCUCAUAAUGACCUGUUUCAGGGGGCUCCCCAAAACUGCCAUUUCAAGAAGCCACCCGAGUCACAAGAAGAUAAGAGGCAGCAACACCAUCCUGGACAGAUUGUAUUGUCUGAAGCCAGGCAGAAUGGAGAAGUGCUUUCCAGCUUCCCUCCAACAAAGUCUUUUACUGUGAAUGAAGGGAAGCACGCCAAGUUCCGCUGCUACGUCACUGGCAAGCCCAAGCCGGAGAUCGUCUGGCAGAAGGACGGGAAGGUGUUGUCCCCUGGAAGAAGACACCUGCUCUAUGAGGACAGGGAGGGCUACUUCAUCCUUAAGGUGCUUUAUUGCACAGCACGAGAUUGUGGGCUCUACGUGUGCACGGCCUGCAACACGGCUGGCCAGACGCUCAGCGCUGUGAGCCUCCAUGUCAGAGAACCCCGGCUACGAUUCCAGGCACCUUUGGUGGACGUAGAAGUGUUGGAACAUCAAGAUGCAGUGUUAGAGUGCCAAGUGCCUCUAGAGGCAAUUCCUACAGCGUGGUAUCUUGAAGACAAGCGCCUGCAACCAAGUCCCAAGUACCUGAUGGAGGAGCAGGGCCGACUAAGGCGACUGACAGUGCGUGAUGCCCGGGCCGAUGAUGAUGGCAUCUACUUAUGUGAGAUGGAGGGCAAGGGCCGCAGCGUUGGGGAGCUCUCGGUGCAAGGUCUAAUUGUAAAGCGUUUGCCACGAAAACUGGAUGUGAUGGAAGGAGAAAAUGCAGCCUUCUAUGUGGAGACACGGGAACCUGUGGAAGCGCCAAGCUGGGGCCGUAAUGGGCAAGAACUGGUUGAGGCACCACAUACACUCAUCAGGAGCUUUGGUAAAACUCAUAUUUUGGUGCUGGUGCAUGUGUCACGGCAUGAUGCUGGAGUCAUCACUUUCAUGGCGGGCGACUCACAAACUUCAGCACAGCUCCGUGUCAAAUGUGCCAAAAGGAUUCCACCAAGUGCACCUGUGGCAGUGAAGAUGUGCACUUCACGUAGCAACGCUGCGCUCCUGACGUGGUGCCCACCACUGGAUCUGCAUCGUAGCCCACCAAGCAGCUACGUCCUUGAGAGGCAGGCUGUAGGAGAGGCUGAGUGGGUGCCUUGUCUAACCACUGAUGUCGCUAGCAUGGUUGAAGUUCCAGGGGAUGGUGUGCCCCAGGAGGCUGACUAUCGCUUCCGUGUGUGCUCUGCCAAUCAGUAUGGGUGCAGUGAGCAUGUGGAAUUCCCAGGCUCCGUGCAUCUUGUGCCCAGAGCCCACAUAAAAGAGGGACUGCAAGAUGUGACGGUUUGUAUCAAUGAGGAUGCCACUUUUUCAGUGCAGCUUUCAGCUCCCAUGUCUGGCUGCUGGUUCCUCAAUGGGAAAAAGCUGGCAAAGGAAGAGGAAGACCAGCAGUACCACAUCAUACACAGUGGAGUGAACCAUAUACUGCAGAUCAAAAGCGUGCAGUUUGCUGCCAAUGGGUCCAAGGUGCAAUUUGAAGCCAAUGGUGUGAAAGAAUCAGCAGUGUUACAUGUACAAGAACCUCCUGUGAAGGCUGUUGACUCCAAUUCCAAAGAAGCUCACAACUACAAGGUCAUGGAUCGUGUGGUGCUGUCCUGUGAGUUAUCCCGCCCUGAUGUGUUUGUGCGUUGGUACAAGGAUGGAGAAACAGUGAAAGAAAGCAAGGACCUCCUGCUGGAGAACGUGGGACCUCACCAUCAGUUGAUCAUUCCCUCAGCUCAAGUGCAGGAUACGGGAGAAUUUGUAUGUGACACUGGUGGAGAAUCUGUCUUCUUCAACAUCACUGUAACAGAAACUCCUGUCCAGAUUGUCCACUCCAGUGCUGAGGAAGCCCACACCUACUGGGUCUCAGAGCGUGUGGUGCUGGCCUGUGAGCUGUCCCGCCCUCAUGCCCCUGUGCGCUGGUACAAGGAUGGGGAAAAGGUGGAGGAAGGCCAGGGCCUCCUGCUGGAGCACGAGGGUCCACACUGCUGGCUGAUCAUCGUCUCUGCCCAAGUCCAAGACACAGGAGAGUUUGUGUGUGAUGUCGGUGAUGACUCUGCCUUCUUCAACAUCACGGUCACAGAGCCACCUGUGCAGGUGUUGUGCUCCAAUGCAGAUGAGGCUCACACCUACUGGGCUUCCGAACGAGUAACCUUGGCCUGUGAGCUGUCCCGCCCUAAUGCCCUUGUGCACUGGUACAAAGAUGGGAAAGAAGUAGAAGAAACGGAGGGUCUGCAGCUGGAAAGUGAAGGGGCCCAUCACCGCCUGAUCAUUGCCUCAGCCCAGGUGCAAGACACAGGAGAAUUUAUGUGCAAUGUAGGAAGCAACUCCGUCCUUUUCACCGUAACUGUUUCAGCUGUGGACAUGCAGUACCUGGAGCAGGAGGACCUCACAUCGGUAACUCCAACCCUCCUCACUGUGGAUCAGGACUACAGUAAAGUGCUCUUCGUGGGGCAGUUUCUGAAGACCACUCAGAAGCCAAUGUAUCCUCUUGCCAUAGACCGUCCUGUAAGGAUCAUACACUCCAGUGAUGAGGAGACCCAUGCCUACCAGGUUGCAGAACGUGUGGUGCUGUCUUGUGAGCUUUCUCGUCCUGAUGCCCCAGUACAUUGGUACAAGGAUGGAGAAGAGGUGGAAGAAAGCAAGGGGCUCCUGCUGGAGAGUGAGGGCCCCCACCGUCGGCUGGUCAUUCCUUUAGCUCAAGUGCAAGAUUCAGGGGAGUUUGUGUGUGAUGCAGGUGGCGAUUCUGCAUUCUUCAACAUCACUGUCACAGAACCACCUGUGCAAAUCGUGCAGUCCAAUGCAGAAGCUAUUCAUGCUUAUCAGGCCUCAGACCGUGUGGUGCUGACCUGUGAGCUGUCCUGCCCCAACGCCCCUGUCCACUGGUACAAGGAUGGGGAAGAAUUAGAAGAAGGUGAAGGCUUGCUGUUUGAGAGAGAAGGGCCCCACCGACGACUCGUCCUUCCCGCAGCACAGGUGCAAGAUACUGGCGAAUUUGUGUGUGAUGCAGGUGACGACUCUGCCUUCUUCAGUGUUACAGUUGCAGCUCCCAAGGUACACAUCUCUCCAGUGCCAGAAGCUCAGUACUUUCAGACUAUCCCGGCUGGGAUGCCACUCCUUCUGGAGUGCCAAGUCUCCACGUCUGAUGCCUUUGUCCAGUGGCUCAAAGAUGGAAAUCCUGUGCUGAUGGAUGAUAAUAGUCUCAUUGUUAAAUCAGAGGGCUGCAUUCGGAGACUGCAGAUUCAUUCAGCCUGCCUUCUGGACUCAGGAACAUACACCUGUAGCACAGCUGAUGAUGCAGUUGACUUCACUGUGACAGUGGAAGAGGUGCCUGUUCGUGUUGUACACUCCAAUGCAGAUGCAGCUCACAUCUACCAGGCCUCAGAGUGUGUGAAUGAGCUGUCUUGCCCAGAUACUGUAGUUUGCUGGUAUAAGGAUGGGAAGGAGGUGGUGGAAAGCAAUGGUUUCUUGCUGGAAGAUGAGGGGUCCCAUCGUCGUCUGGCCAUCCCUGCAGCCCAGGAACAUGAUACAGGACAGUAUAUGUGUGAUGCUGCUGCUGAUUCCAUAUUCUUCAAUGUCACCAUCACAAAGCCUCUGGUGCAGAUUUUGCAGCCAGCUGAACGUUCACUGGAGAAGCAAGUGUGGGCAUUCGACCGCCUGGAGUUGCGCUGCACAGUGUCCAUUCCUGAUGCCCCUGUACAUUGGUUCAAAGAUGGCCUGGAGGUGGAUGGGACACACAAUCUGCUGCUUCACGCAGAAGGUCCGGAACGUUGCCUGGUGAUCCUGCGGACAAGUGCUGAAGAUGCUGGGGAAUAUAUCUGUGAGGCCAAGGAUGAGUCUGUCUCCUUUGAUGUCAUGGUUUCGGAGCCCCCUGUGAAGAUUGUGCAGCCGCGCAGGACUCCCUCUGUCCUGAAGGCCUCAACGGGGGAUACAGUGACUCUGGCCUGUGUUCUCUCCCAUGGGAAUGUGCCUGUCCACUGGGUUAAGGACGGUGUCACAAUAGAGGCCAACAGCGGCCUCAUUCUGGAGGAAGAGGGCGCCCGGCGGUGUUUGGCCAUUCCUGCAGCUGGCCCAGAGCAUUCUGGGAAAUACAUCUGCAAUGCUGUUGAUGAUACCAUGACCUUCACCGUCCAGGUGUCUGAUCCUCCAGUUCAGAUAGUGGGGCGAGAUGAGCUGCAAACUCGCCACCAUUGCUUGGUUUCUGAAGACCUGGUGCUAUCUGUAACGCUGUCUUGCCCCAAGGGAGAGGUGAAGUGGUACAAGGAUGGGGAAAAACUGCAGGACACAGAACGUCUGUGGCUAGAACAGGAUGGAACACGGCAUUCACUGGUGAUUUCAGCAGUGGAAAUCUGUGAUGCCGGGGAAUAUCUGUGUGACAGUGGUGAUGACAGCCUCAUCUUCUACGUCAUGGUGGAAGAGCCUCCCAUCUCCAUCGUGGGAAAUACAGGGAUGCCAGAGCAUCGCUCCUUGGCAACUGGAGAAGAUUUAAUCUUGGCUUGCGAUACAUCUUCACCUACGGCUGUUGUGCGAUGGCUCCGGAAUGGCGAGGAGCUAGUAGCUAGCAAGCGUAUUCACAUGGAAGCCAGUGGAAGGCGCCGGCAACUCACUGUCCUUAGUGUCAGACCAGAGGAUUCGGGGUCUUACGUGUGUGAUGCAGGCACAGACCAGAGGGUGACCUCAAUAGAAGUAGCAGCACCCGCUGUGUGCAUUGUGAAUAAGGAUGAUGCCCAGGAGCCCAUUGAAGUCCAGGAAGGGGAAAAUGUGACACUGGUUGCCCAACUUUCUCAAGAGAAGGCUUGUGUCCAGUGGCUCAAGGACAUGCAGCCACUUUGUCCUGGGCCACGAAUGCUUAUGAGCAGUGAGGGGCUGGUACACAGCCUAACCAUCCAACAGUCUGAGCCAUGUGAUCGUGGCAGGUUUAGCUGCAGUACUGGAGAUGAUGAAGUGCAUUACACAAUCAAUGUACAAGAGGCCCCAGCGCUGUUUGUGCCAAAAUCAGAGCACCCAGAGAAGGUGCUGGUGCUGGAGGGGGGCAGUGCGGUGCUCUCAGCCAUUGUCUCCAAAGAGUCAGCCAUUGUAAGCUGGGAAGGACCCCGGGGGAACCUCAUGGCAGGGGAGCACUGCCAGCUGCGCACAGAAGGACGGGUCCACAGCCUCCUGCUGAGUAACGUAGGCAAAGCUGAUGCCGGCGAGUACGUAUGUCAUUCUGCUCAUGACCAGCUGUGUUUUGAGCUUAGUGUGAAAGAACUGCUGGUGAAGUUUGUUCGGGGUCUCUCAGAUGUGACAGCACUGCAGGGUGACACAGUGUUGUUCUGGUGUGAAUUGUGCAAAACCAAGGGUGAGGUAACUUGGCUGAAAGAUGGGCAGGAGCUGGAACCCAACGAACACCUGGAGAUCCGAGCAGAGGGGCGAGAGCGUUCCUUGACACUCAGCAACGUGAGGCCCGAAGAUGCUGGCGAAUAUUCAUGUGAAAGCAAAGAUGACCGUACUUUGGCUAUUCUCACUGUCCAAAUCCCUAGGUUGGUGGAGAUAAUUUCUGAGCUGCACAAUUUAACAGUGCUGGAAGGGGACGAUGCCACCUUCAAAGUGGUGAUAUGUCCAGAUGAUGUGAGUUUGAAUUGGCAGCUGAAUGGACAAGAUGUAGUGCCUAGUGAGCGAUUGACCAUAACCAAGAAUGGGCUAUGCCAUGCCCUCACCAUACGACAAUGUCGCUUGAGUGACACUGGCACGGUCACUGUCCAUGUGGAAGGUCUGUUGAGUUCAGCCAGGCUCAGUGUGCAAGAGGCUCAGGUGCUGUUUACGCAGACGUUGUGUGAUUUGGCAGCUGAGGAGGGGCAGGACGUACGCUUGGAAGUGGAGCUGACCUUGGAGAGUGCUGAGGUGCAGUGGAUGAAGCAAGGCGUCUUACUGCAGCAGAAUACAAGAUACUCCGUGGAGGAAGAAGGAUCAAAGCGGGCCCUUACCAUCCACAACAUCGAGCUUGCCGAUCGAGGCACCUAUCGCUGCGAGAGCCUGCAUGAUCGCACCCAAGCCAGACUCAGUGUGGAACCCCGGAAGGUGACGGUGAAGAAACCGCUGCUGGAUGUGGAGACCUUGGAAAAGGAGACGGUGACGUUUGAGCUUGAGCUAUCCCACCCCAAUGUAUUGGGGGUCUGGACGUGCAACAGCAUCCGCGUGAAGCCUAGUUCCACCCGCCGCAUGAGCACCACUGGUUGUGUGCACAGCCUGACGCUGCAAGGGCUCACUCUCGAUGACACAGGGACUGUGGCCUUCACUGCUGAUACUGUGCGGAGCUGUGCCCGCCUUACGGUCCGAGAGCCACCAGUUACUAUGCUGCGCUUGCCCCAGGACCUGGGAAUCCCUGAGACAGGCUCAGCUACCUUUGAGUGUGAGCUGUCUCGACCCCUGGCUGAGGUGAAGUGGUAUAAGGAUGGCAAGGAGAUCCAGGCAGGCCCCAACUGCCGCAUAUAUUCAGUGGGGCGUCGGCGUCUCCUGCAGCUCAGCCAUUGCAGCCUUGAAGAUGCUGGUGAAUAUACGUGUGAUGCUGGUGACUGCCGUGCUUCUGCCAAACUGAGGGUCUUCGAACGUCACGUCCAGAUUGUGCGAGGGCUGGAGGAUGUCCGUGUACGGGAGAAUGAGAAUGCUGUUUUCAUGUGUGAGGUGUCCCUGGUGGAGGUGAAAGGUGAAUGGUUUCAUAACGGAGAGAGAAUCAAAGUCACCAGCACCGUGAAAAUACGGCAGGAAGGAACCCGUCACUUCCUGCUUCUAGGCUCUGCCCGUCCUGAGGACACAGGCCAGGUCCGUUUUGUGGCCAAGACAGCUGCUUCAGAAGCCAGGCUGGAAGUGGAAGCAUUGCCCAUUUGCAUUGUGAAACCACUGCGGGAUAAAACUGUACUAGUGCCCCACAAAGCCACCCUGGAAUGUACGGUGUCUCAGGCUCGAGGACGUGUGCGCUGGUUUCGUGGUGACACAGAGAUCUUUGCUGGGCCUAAGUAUGAGAUCUGCAAUUUGGAUUGUUACCGAACUCUGGUUAUUCACUCUGUUGAGCCUGCAGAUGAAGGCCUGUAUACCUGCGAUGCCCUGGAUGACCGUUGCACAGCCCGCCUGCUAGUGGAGGCUGAGGGAAUCCAGGUGGUCCGGCCUCUGAAGAACGUGGAAGUGACUGCUCCCUCAGAAGCUCAGUUUGAGUGUGAAAUAUCUGCCCCUCCAGACUUUAUUCCCCAGUGGAGCCUCAAUGGGGAGGAGCUGCAGCCUGGCUUGCAGGUGCAAAUGGAGAGCAUGGGACACAUCCAUGUGCUGAGGCUCUACAAGACUACCCCUGCCAUGAGUGGGAUGGUGAAGAUUACCAUUGGUAAUGCCCGUUCCAAAGCCCAUCUCACAGUUCGAGAGUGCUAGCAUCAGGAAAGUCCUGAAUACAGUGGAGCCAAGUUUAAGCUUGGAAAGGCAAAGACAACAAGUUUGGCAGUUGUAUGAACGAUCAUGAGAACUGACAUACAGAAAGACAAGUCAUCUUCUUGUCUUCUUCCUCUUCUGCAUGACAUGGGAAGCACAUUCUGCUUUAUUAAAUGUUCUUAAAUCCUGA